AUGCCGGCUGCAUGCCCUGGCCCUAUCAAUGGCCCUGUCUGUUUCGAGGAUGACAUUGCACAUGUUCAGGUGAAUAACGGUUAUAGUAAAAAGUACGCCGAUGGAUGGGAACGAAUCUUUGGGAACGGCAAGGGUAAAGGUGGCAAACAGGCUACCAAAAAAUAG